UCCCUCUCGAGCCGGGGGUCGGCAGGCGGUUGCGGCUGGACUGGGCUGGCCUGAGCCGCGGACGCCGGGCCCCCGGUUCCCCGCCAGGUUGCAGGCGCCUGGCCUGGGUCAGCAGGACAGCUGCGACCCGAGGUUCCUCCAGGCGGCGAGGAGGAUUUGCGCCAGUCUCCCCGGGCCCGGGAUCAUGGGGAAUGGCAUGACCAAGGUACUUCCUGGACUCUACCUCGGAAACUUCAUUGAUGCCAAAGACCCUGAUCAGCUGGAACGGAAUAAGAUCACUCACAUCAUCGCUAUUCAUGAGUCACCCCAGACUGUGAUGGAGGAUAUCACCUACCUUCGCAUCGCAGUGGCCGAUACCCCUGAGGUACUCAUCAAAAAGUACUUCAGAGAAUGCGUCAACUUCAUUCAUUCCUGCCGCCUCAGCGGAGGGAACUGCCUUGUGCACUGCUUUGCAGGCAUCUCCCGCAGCACCACCAUUGUCAUAGCCUAUGUGAUGACAGUGACGGGGCUAGGCUGGCGAGAAGUGCUUGAAGCCAUCAAGGCCACCCGGCCCAUCGCCAACCCCAACCCAGGCUUUAGGCAGCAACUUGAAGAGUUUGGCUCCGGGAGCUCCCAUAAGCUCCGCCAGCAGCUGGAAGAGCGCUACGGCAAGAGCCGGUUCCGCGACGAGGAGGACGUGCGCGCAAUGCUGCCGCUGUGCAAACGCUGCCGCCAGAGCUCGGCGGCCCCGGGCGGCUCGGCCGCCGCGACGACGCACUCGGCCGCCUCGGAGGGGACCCUGCAGCGCCUGGGGCCGCGCUCGCCGCGGGACGCCCACCGGCCGCUGCCGCUGCUCGCGCGCGUUAAGCAGACUUUCUCCUGCCUCCCGCGGUGUCUGUCCCGCAAGGGCGGCAAGUGAGGCCCCUUCCUCCGUGGCCCGCGCCGGGCUCCCUCGAGCAGGCCGGCCGGGCCUGAGGGUGCCGGAGCCCCCGGGGCCUGGCCCUCACCCGCCCCCUGCUUGUCGCGUCGCCCGCAGAGUGCCGCCCGCGCCCGCCGCGCCCUCCGGCGACCGACCGAGGUCUGUGUCUGGCCCGCCUGCUGCAGCCACCUGGUGCCUUAGUCCCCGGCCUGUGGAGGGCCCGACCUGCACCCCGAGAGGAGAGGCAGCCAGCGGACAGCGAGGGCUGGGGUGGGGUGGGGUGGGGUGGACGGACCUGAAGGACAUUAAAGAAACCGCAGAA